AUGGAAGAGAAACAACAAGAAAUAACGACUGAUGAAAAACCCACACUCACUAAAAAGACUUUAUCACGUGGAAGAUCUCGGAAACCCAAGUCUAGGUGUAAUUACAGCUGUAAACAGAGUAGAAAGAGUUUCUAUCAAAAGCCAAACCUUGAUGUUCACACUAGAAAGAAACCUUUCACUUGCAAACAGUGUGGAAAAAGCUUCUAUAAUACAGGAAACUUAACAGUGCACAUGAGAAUUCACACUGGAGAGAGGCCGUACACAUGCCAACAGUGUGGAAAAAGCUUCUAUUCUACAGGAAACUUGGCAGUGCACAGAAGAAUUCAUUCUGGGGAGAGGCUCUACUCUUGCCCUCAGUGUGGAAAGAGUUGUAAGCAAAAUGGCAAUCUUGAAACCCACAUGAGAACACACACUGGAGAGAGAAGCUUUAUUUGCACACAGUGUAGGAAAGGUUUUUCUCAAAAACAAAACCUUACCAUCCACAUGAGGAUUCACACUGGAGAGAAACCUUACACAUGCACAGAGUGUGGUAAAGGUUUCCCACAUACAGGCUCACUCAAACACCACAUGAUAAGUCACACCGGACAGAAGCCAGACAAGAAUUGUUUCAUCUGCACUCAGUGUGGAAAGAUUUUGGCAAGCAAAAGCAAACUUAAGAUUCACAUGAUAAUCCACACUGGAGAGAAACCAUUCAUGUGCACUCAGUGUGGGAAGAGUUUCCGCCAAGCAUCAUCACUUAAUAAACACAUGAGGAUCCACACUGGAGAGAAACCAUUCACAUGCACUCAGUGUGGAAUAAGUUUUAACUGCUCAUCAUACCUUAAACAACACAUGAGGAUCCACACUGGAGAGAAACCAUUUACUUGCACUCAGUGUGGGAGGAGUUUCAACCGCUCAUCAAACCUUGAUCACCACAUGAGGAUCCACACUGGAGAGAAACCAUUUACUUGCACUCAGUGUGGGAAGAGUUUCAACCGCUCAUCAAACCUUGAUCAACACAUAAGGAUCCACACUGGAGAGAAACCAAUAACGUGCACUCUGUGUGGGAAGAGUUUUCGCCAAUCAUCAUCCCUUUCUAAACACAUGAGGACCCACACUGGAGAGAAACCAUUUACUUGCACUCAGUGUGGGAAGAGUUUCAGCCAAUCAUCAAACUUUAAUCUACACAUGAGGAUCCACACUGGAGAGAAACCAUUUACGUGCACUCAGUGUGGGAAGAGUUUCCGCCAAGCAUCAUCACUUAAUAAACACAUGAGGACCCACACUGGAGAGAAACCAUUUACUUGCACUCAGUGUGGGAAGAGUUUCAACCGCUCAUCACACCUUAAUCAACACAUAAGGAUCCACACUGGAGAGAAACCAAUAACGUGCACUCAGUGUGGGAAGAGUUUCCGCCAAUCAUCAUCCCUUUAUAAACACAUGAGGAUCCACACUGGAGAGAAACCAUUCACAUGCACUCAGUGUGGGAAGAGUUUCAGCCAAUCAUCAAACUUUAAUCUACACAUGAGGAUCCACACUGGAGAGAAACCAAUAACGUGCACUCAGUGUGGGAAGAGUUUUCACCAAUCAUCAUCCCUUUAUAAACACAUGAGGAUCCACACUGGAGAGAAACCAUUCACAUGCACUCAGUGUGGGAAGAGUUUCCGCCAAGCAUCAUCACUUAAUAAACACAUGAGGAUCCACACUGGAGAGAAACCAAUAACGUGCACUCAGUGUGGGAAGAGUUUUCGCCAAUCGUCAUCCCUUUAUAAACACAUGAGGAUCCACACUGGAGAGAAACCAUUCACAUGCACUCAGUGUGGCAAGAGUUUCCGCCAAACAUCAUCACUUAAUAAACACAUGAGGAUCCACACUGGAGAGAAACCAUUCACAUGCACUCAGUGUGGAAUAAGUUUUAACUGCUCAUCAUACCUUAAACAACACAUGAGGAUCCACACUGGAGAGAAACCAUUUACUUGCACUCAGUGUGGGAGGAGUUUCAACCGCUCAUCAAACCUUGAUCACCACAUGAGGAUCCACACUGGAGAGAAACCAUUUACUUGCACUCAGUGUGGGAAGAGUUUCAACCGCUCAUCAAACCUUGAUCAACACAUAAGGAUCCACACUGGAGAGAAACCAAUAACGUGCACUCUGUGUGGGAAGAGUUUUCGCCAAUCAUCAUCCCUUUCUAAACACAUGAGGACCCACACUGGAGAGAAACCAUUUACUUGCACUCAGUGUGGGAAGAGUUUCAACCGCUCAUCAAACCUUGAUCAACACAUAAGGAUCCACACUGGAGAGAAACCAUUUACGUGCACUCAGUGUGGGAAGAGUUUCCGCCAAGCAUCAUCACUUAAUAAACACAUGAGGACCCACACUGGAGAGAAACCAUUUACUUGCACUCAGUGUGGGAAGAGUUUCAACCGCUCAUCACACCUUAAUCAACACAUAAGGAUCCACACUGGAGAGAAACCAAUAAUGUGCACUCAGUGUGGGAAGAGUUUUCGCCAAUCAUCAUCCCUUUAUAAACACAUGAGGAUCCACACUGGAGAGAAACCAUUCACUUGCUCUCAGUGUGGGAAGAGAUUCAACCGAUCAGCAAACCUUAAUAAACACAUGAAAAUCCACACUGAUGUGAAAGAGUAUAUGCGCUUUGAGUGUGAGAAGACUUAUUACAGCUCCAAAAUUGAAACUGCACCAGACAAUUUACUCUGGAGAGACCGUACAAGUGUUUUUACAAGAGGUUUAAUUAGUUAACACAUCUGAAAACAACAGGAUUCACACUGGAGAGAAACCGUACAGAUCUGAUCAGUGUCUACAGAGUUUUAAUCAUUCGGCGCAGCUUAAGAAACACAUAGAGAAAAAAGUUACACACAU